CGAGCCGCCAUGGCGGCGUUGCAGACAGAUUCCGGCUCACGGCCUGCAGCGGGCGCCAGGUUUUUCUGCACCGCGGGCCGCGGCCUGGAACCCUUCCUGAUGAGGGAGGUGCGGGCGCGGCUGGCGGCCACGCAGAUGACAAAGUGAUGAGAUGAAGUGAGGUGCGAGACCUUAGGCUACCGUUGACUGACUUUCUGAUGGGCCUUCAGAAGGAGGACGGUGCUUCAGGACUGCGACUGACUUACGUGGCCUUACGCUGUUGGCCUUAGGUCAGAGCGGAGGUCAUCUGCUUCCGAAUCACACGGGUUGAAUAUAUUUCAGGAAAAGUUUUCUUCACCACCUGUUCUGACUUAAAUAUGCUGAAAAAAUUAAAAUCUGCAGAAAGAUUAUUUUUGCUGAUUAAAAAGCAGUUUCCACUUAAUGUUUCUUCUGUAAGUAAAGGAAAAAUAUUUAAUGAAAUGCAAAGACUUGUAAAUGAUGAUCCAGAAAGUUGGAUGAGUGCCAUUUCAAUUUGGAAAAAUCUUCUUGAACUUGAUGCAAAAAAGGACAAACUUUCUCAAAGAGAUGCUAACCCACUAAAGAGAAAAGUAGAAGAAAAUGACAUCACCAAUCCUAAGAAAUUAAAAACAGAACAAAUGCAAGAGCUACAAGAGAGCAGGCAAUGCCAACUGGAAAAGCAAAUGGAAGAAGAAACAGUGGAGCAAGAUUUUCUCACUAACAGAGAAAAAUCUCAAGAAGCAUUUCAGAAUGAUGUAGUGAAAGCAGUUGAUACCCCAGACCAGAAGGACUUGACGUUCAGAGUUUCUUGUCGCUGCAGUGGAGCUAUUGCAAAGACCUUUACCGGACAGGAAGUAGGAAGAGUAAUUGGAAUUGCUCUUAUGAAACAGUAUGGAUGGAAAGCAGAUUUGAGGAAUCCAAACUUAGAGAUCUUCAUACAUCUAAAUGACAUUUACUCUGUGGUGGGAAUCCCCGUGUUCAGGGUUCCUUUAGCCAGCAGAGCUUACAUCAAGACAGCAGGCCUGAGAUCUACCAUAGCAUGGGCAAUGGCCUCUCUCGCUGAAAUUAAGGCUGGUGCAUUUGUUUUAGAUCCAAUGUGUGGACUUGGAACGAUACUUUUGGAAGCUGCUAAAGAAUGGCCAGAUGUGUAUUAUGUGGGUGCUGACGUCAGUGACUCACAGUUACUAGGUGCAUGUGAUAAUCUGAAAGCUGCAGGCCUUCAGGAUAAAAUUGAGUUACUUAAAGUUUCUGUUAUAGAAUUGCCACUGCCCUCAGAGAGUGUCGAUACUAUUAUUUCUGACAUUCCAUUUGGGAAGAAGUUUAAGUUAGGGAAGGACAUCAAAAACAUUCUACAAGAAAUGGAGAGAGUGCUCCACGUUGGUGGAACCAUUGUGUUGUUGCUCAGCGAAGAUCACCACAAACGCCUCCAAGAUUGUGAACAGAGCGGUAUCCCUUUGAAUUCCAAGGGCAGCCACACAGAUGAACCUGGAAUCGAGAAGUGCUUGAAUCCUGGAGAGAAGACUGACCUAUCAGACACAGUGUCAUCUUCAUCCGAAGCCAUUAGCCAGGGGGGCUUAGACAAAAUGCCACCGUUUGGCUCUUUAGUGCUGAUGGAAUGCUACCAAGUUAGCCUUGGAAGGACAGAUGCGUUCAUAUACAAAUACAGGAAGUCGCACUCUUUGGGACUCUAGCAGGCUUGUGGCUGUAAGCCAGGAUCAAGUCGUCCCAGGGCAGCUGCACAGCAGGGAAGGUGAUUGUCUUGGGACCCUGAUAGGGCCCCAGAGUCCCAAGGAAACAGACUCCCCUGAGGACAGGAGGUGUGGCGGCUGGACGCAGGUUCUGAGUAGAGUUCAGCUUUAUACCCUAAAGAGCUAAAAGUUGCCGACCAAGACCAGUGAAUGAACAUUUAUACCAAAGGGCCCUUAAACUUCGUAUUCUGUCGGAAGGAUGAAAAGUUCUGCCCUGCCUGCACUAUUUCUGAGCAGAAGCCGCAACUUGGAACAGAGGUUUUCAGGGGUUCACAUAAAGUAUAUUGCAGUCAUCACAAGGUUGGUGAUGUUUUCACGGUCAGAUUUUUUUCUAAAUGUAGAAACUUUUAUGUGUUACUUCUUUUGAUAUUAAACUUGAUUUUUUAAACAUGUAAUUUUCUUCUCCAUUGGAAUAAAAAUAAUUUUUAUUUGCAAUACCUUUUAUAUGUCCCAAGUUAUAUAAAACAUUAAUGGGAAUAAUAACAAUGUGAAUCCAGCCAGUAUCCUCCAACAUGAUGGAAAAUAAA